AUGGAGUUCUACUUUACUCUAUUUUCAGUUUUCCUUCUUUUACUGCUCAUGGUGGUGAAGACGGCGAUAAAAAGAUUCAAAUCGAAAAACUCAAAUUCAAAGUUUCUUCCAGGGCCAUGGAAACUACCUGUCGUAGGCAACUUGCACCAGUUAAUGUUAGGCCACCUACCACACCAUACCCUAAGAGAUUUGGCUAGGAAAUAUGGACCGUUUAUGCAUCUACAACUCGGUGAAGUUUCUACUGUCGUUGUAUCUUCACCAAAAAUGGCCAAACAAAUUAUGAAGACGCAUGACUUAAAUUUUGCGGAUAGAGGUGAAACUCUUGCUUCUAAGAUAAUGACCUAUAACUGUACAGAUGUGGCUUUCUCUCCAUACGGUGAUUACUGGAGGCAACUGCGAAAGAUAUUUAUGUUGGAGCUCUUAAGUACUAAACGUGUACAGUCGUUCGGGUCUAUAAGGGAAGAAGAGGUAUCAAACCUCAUCAAUAGUAUUUCAUUGAUGGCUGGAUCACAGAUAAAUCUCAGUGAAAAAAUUUCCUCGCUGACUAAUGAUGUGACAGCCAGGGCAGCGUUCGGUAAGAAAUCCAAAGAUAAAGAAGCAUUCAUAUCAUUGAUCAAGGAGACAACUAAGAUGGCAAGUGGUUUUGCUAUUAGUGAUUUGUUCCCUUCUUUAAAAUUCAUUCAUGUCAUCAGUGGUAUGAAAUCAAAACUGGAGAGUUUACAUCAGAAGACCGACAAAAUACUUGAUAACAUCAUCAAAGAACACAUAGAGAAUAGAACAGCAAUAAAAACAAACAAGGAUGAAGCUGAGGAAGACCUAGUAGAUGUACUUCUUCAACUUAAGGGAAAUGGUGGACCUGAAUUUGCUAUCACGCCCAACAACCUUAAAGCAGUUAUCUUGGACAUAUUCACUGCCGGGACAGCAAGUUCUUCAACUACAGUAGAAUGGGCGAUGUCAGAGAUGCUGAGGAUGUGUCCAGGAAUAAAUUUUGGUAUAGCAAAUGUUGAGCUUGUACUUGCGCAACUACUUUACCACUAUGAGUGGAAGCUCCCAAAUGGGGUCAAGCCAGAAGAUCUUGACAUGUCCGAGUCCUUUGGCGCAAGCGUCAGAAGAAAAAACGAUCUACACCUGACCCCCAUCCCUUACAAGCCUGUACCGACUAAGUAAACUGUAAAGCUGUUUUCUGUGGUACGAGUUUGUCAGAGUCAGCUCAGUUUUAGAAAUAUUUUCUUGUGUUAUAUGUAAUGCAAAGCACAAGCAGAACUGAUGGGGUC